AUGCCUGAUAUAUGUACGGUUACACCCAACCGACUUCCACAAGUCUACCAAGUCAUCAAGACCAACCCAACUCGCAACAUGUCUCUCUUCCCACGCGGCAUUGCCAACGACCUUGCGUCGUUCAGGCCAAUGUUCCAGCUAAUGGACGACUACGCCAACCACAUGCUCACCACCGGCCGCAACGGUCCCGCAGGCUCAAUGACAACCAGUCUCCGAUCGUUUGCUCCUCGCUUCGACAUCAAGGAGAACAAGGAGAACAACAGCUACGAGCUGCACGGCGAGCUUCCGGGCGUCCAGCAGAAGGACAUCAACAUCGAGUUCACCGACCCGCAGACCAUCUCCAUCAAAGGUCGCACCGAGUACGUUCGCGAAGAGGGUGAACGCCCGGCCGGCUUCAUCACCGAGGGUGGUGAGCAGACCGAGCAGACCACUUCCAACGGCCACGAACCCCACAAGGCCACCGUCGAAGACGAAGCUGGCCCUAGCUCCGAAGCGAAGAAUGACACCACCGAAGUCGCCAAGCAGGCUGAGCAGCAAGUCCAGCAGCAACAACCUCAACAGCCGAAGAACCGUUACUGGCUGAGCGAGCGCAGCGUCGGCACCUUCUCGCGCCAGUUCAGCUUCCCGGAUCGCGUCGAUGCCGAUAAUGUCAAGGCCUCGCUCAAGGAUGGCAUCCUCAGCAUUGUCGUUCCGAAGGCGACUGCACCAACUACCAAGCGCAUUCAGAUCCAGUAA